AUGACGGGCGAACAAGACCAGCAACAGGAGUACUACUCCACCCUAGACGCCCACCACGUCGCACCCCUUUGGGGAGUUCUCCAUAAGAUGGUCCCACCCCGCCCCAACCCCUCGUCUCAAGUUCAAACCUGGCCGUACGCAUCCAUCCGCCCUCUCCUCAUGCAAGCGGGAGACCUCAUCUCCGCCGAAGAAGCCGAGCGCCGUGUCCUCAUGCUCGUCAACAACCCCACUCUCGGUCCGCCCUACACCACCGACACGAUCUAUGCGGGUUUGCAGCUUAUCCUGCCCGGUGAAACUGCCCCCGCGCACAGGCAUACUGCUUUUGCGCUGCGAUUCAUUGUAGAGGGAGACAGCGAUGGCGCCUUCACGGCAGUCCAGGGCAAGAAAGUCGUUAUGGAGCGAGGCGAUGUCAUUCUGACGCCGAGCUGGACCUGGCACGACCACGGGAGCGACAGCAAGGGUCCGAUGGUCUGGCUUGACGGCCUUGAUCUCCCAGUCUAUCGAUUCCUGCCCAUCAACUUUGCAGAGAACCACAGCGAUCCGCGGUACCCGAGCGAGCUUGCCGAGGGGGAACUUGCCAAAGGCCUGAAGUUCCCCUGGAAGGAUAUGCAGACCCAGCUUGAUGCGAACGCCUCCACAACCGGACAUGUGAAGCUUGACUAUCGGCACGCUGAUGGCUCGCAUCUAUCAAAGACGAUUUCGGCGCAAGCCGAAAGGGUCAACGCAGGAACAUCGAGUAGCAAGGUUCGCGAGACGCUGUCGUUUGUGUACCACGUCUAUGAGGGCCAGGGUUAUACGACAAUCGUGACCCCCGAGGGUGAGGAGAAGGUGGUCAUGUGGAUGCGCAAGGACACGUUCAACGUCCCCGCCUGGAGUGUCGUGUCGCACACUUGUAGGUCGCAGAGUGAUAGCGCGUACUUGUUUGCUAUCACUGACCGGCCAAUGAUCGAGGCGCUGGGUUUGUACAGGAAGGAAGAGUUGUAG